AUGUUUAAGAUCCGGAAAACCAAAGAUGUAGAGCCAACUGCUCCAGGGCAGGUGAAUAUUAAGAGGAAGUCAAGGGUACCCGGGGUUAUGAUUACCCAACAUGUGGAGGAAAUACCUGAGGGAAUGAGCACUCCAGAUUUCACCCGUAAACCCAUCGCCCUGACGAUUCAAGAAGGAAAAUUUGCUUUUUUCAAAGCAAUAGUUGUUGGAAGGCCAGCUCCAACUGUGACUUGGAUGAGAAAUAAUGGAGAAAUUUCUGAUCCAGAUAGAUAUAAAGUCGUCUAUGACCCAAAUUCUGGUGAACACCAGCUACAGAUGCCUGAUGUAUCGGUGGAUCAAGCUGACACCUAUAAAUGCUUUGCCAGAAAUGAAUAUGGGAAAGCUGUUGUCACCGUUGUCCUCAACGUUAUUGAAGUUGGGUAUAAAAAGUGUAAAGCGAUGCAACAAUCCAGAACUGCUAUCCGACAGACACCAGAAGAUUUCAAAAAGGCUUUGAAAAAUAAGGUUGAAAUUGAACCCAAAGAGGAGAAGAAAGAAGGAGAAAUCGAUGAACGUUUUUGGGAACUCUUAAUGAGUGCAGAUAAGAAGGAUUAUGAGAGUAUUUGUGCCCAAUAUGGAGUCACUGAUUUCCGUUGGAUGCUGAAAAAACUGAACGAGAAAAAGAAAGAGAGGGAGGAAGAGCAAGCCAAGGUUGUUGAAAAACUAUCCAGCCUUAAGUCUAUAGAAUUGAAACCCUGUGGAGCUGCAGAGUUUGAACUAGAACUGUCACAAGAUCCAACCAGCAAAAUCUUCAUAUAUAAGGAUGGAGUUAUGACUCCCUUUACUGCCGACACAGAGGUUAAACAUGGACUGAGGCAGGUAGGAAAGAAGUUUGGCUUCAGCAAUGCUGAGGAUGCUGGACUGUAUCUAAUAGAAAUCGAUGGAGUGAAGAUCUUCUCAACUGACAUCAAAAUUCCAAAUAUAGAUUUCUUGGUCAAGAUUCAAGAGGUGAAUGCAUUGGAGAGAGAGGAUGCUGUGUUUGAGUGUGUCCUCUCACAUCCCAUGGCAAAGAUUCAGUGGACAGGAAAAAAUAUCACACUGGAGCAAGGGGACAAAUAUGACAUCACCGUGUCGGAGGAUAUGUUGAUUCACACACUGGUGGUGAAAGACUGCCUGCAGUUAGACAAAGGAAUUUACUCCGCUGUGGCUGGACUUAAAUCCUGCAGUGCCUGGCUUGUAGUGGAAGCUGACAAUGAUCCAAACAUGCUUGGUAAGAAGAAAACCCGGAGAACCACUCAAGCUGGUGGCGGAGGAUCCGAUCUGUUGAAGAUUGCCCAGGAGCAGCAGGCUAAACUGCAGAUGGAAAGAGAUGAGAUGAUUGCAAAGGCAAAGGCAGAAGCAGAAGCGGCUGCUGCAGCGGCUGCUGCUGCUGCUGCAGAGGCCGCAGCAGCUGAGGCUGCAGCGUCUGCGAAGGCCACAGCGACUAAUGCUGCAGCUUCUGGGGGGGGCGCAGCUAAGGGUGCGGCUUCUGCGAAGGCUGCAGCUGCAUCAAAAGCAGCCAGACCUGCAUCAAAAGCAGCCAAACCUGCUGUGACUGGAGACACAGGGAAGAACUUAAAGCCUAGUGGCGGGCCUGACUCACAAGCAGAAACCCAGCCAGAAGCAGGACCCCAGCAUGACCAGGUGGAGGAAAAAAAGAGCGAGGCAAUGCCCACUGAUGAACAAGCAAAUGAGGAUGAAGAAGAGGCUCUGGUUGAGCAGAAGAAAAAAAGAGUGAGAACAGGCCCGCUGGUACCAGAUACAAUCAUUGACCCAGGGGUAUACUUCACCUGUGGACUGUCAGAUGUAACUGCUGUGAUUGGUACUGAAGCUGAACUUGUCUGCAAGUUGAGUAGUGAGGAUUGUAGUGGAGUCUGGUACAAAGACGGGAAAGAGAUAACAUCAACAGAGGAUGUCUGUAUUGUAAAAGAUGGAGCAUUCCAUAAAGUACUUAUCAAAAACUGCAAAGAAGAAGAUACUGGGAAGUACAGAUUUGAAGCUGAUGGACGCAAGACAGAGGCAAUGGUAACUGUUGAAGACCCACCAAGACUCAACACUGAUGACCUAAGUGAAUUCUCAAAGCCUCUCAUCAUCAAAGUUGGCCAAAAUGCAGCCUUCAAGUUAUCCUUUGUGGGUCGGGAACCAAUGAAGGUCCAAUGGUACAAUGAGGGCGAGGAACUGUUGGAUGACACAAAUAUCAAAAUUGAGAAGUCUUCUUCACACAGCCGCCUUCUUCUCACCAAAUGCCAACGCAAAGCCACGGGAGAGAUAAAGAUUAAAAUUAAAAAUGAAUGUGGAACAACUGAGGCCCUCUCCCAGCUAAUUGUUUUGGAUAAACCGACCCCACCACAAGGCCCCGUGGAUAUCAUUGAAAGUUCUGCAAAUUGCAUUGAUUUUAAAUGGAGGCCUCCAAAGGAUGCUGGUGGCUGUCCUAUUACCAACUAUAUCCUGGAGCGCCAGCAAAUUGGUAGAAAUAGCUGGAAGAAACUGGGAAAGAUUGGUCCAGACUCAAAGUACAGGGAUGUGGAUGUGGAUCACGGAAGAAAAUACUGCUACCAUAUCAGGGCUGAAACUGAGCAAGGGAUCAGUGAAAUGAUAGAGACUGAUGACAUUCAAGCUGGCACAAAAGCAUACCCCGGACCCCCAACAGCACUAAAAAUUGAAAGUGCCUUUAAGGACUGCAUCAAUAUCACUUGGUGUGCUCCUUCCAACACGGGAGGAACAAACAUUUUGGGAUACAACGUGGAGAAACGCAAGAAUGGCAGCAAUCUGUGGAGUCCUGUCAACUCACCUGAUGAGCCCAUCAGGGAAAAGAAGUACGCAGUGAAAGAUGUGGUUGAGGGGAUGGAGUAUGAGUUUCGGGUUGCUGCUGUCAACAUCUCUGGUGUCGGAGAGCCAAGUGCACCUUCAGAAUUUGUUAUCGCUAGAGAUCCAAAGAAGCCGCCCGGUAAGGUUAUUGACUUAAAGGUAACAGACUCCACUUACACGACUUUGUCAUUAUCAUGGACCAAACCCAAAGAGGAGGAAGGGGUCCAAGAUGAAGCCAAGGGAUAUUUUGUGGAGCUCAGAUCAGCAGAAACACCAGAGUGGGGUCGUUGUAAUACAAAUGCUAUCAUAAUGACCUCUUACACUAUUAUGGGACUAAAGUCAAUGGCCAUGUACUGGGUAAGAGUAGUUGCCACCAAUGAGGGUGGAGAUGGUGAACCUCAAGAACUGGAAAACUACAUUAUUGCAAUGCCGCCUCCAGUGAGACCUAAAUUCACUGACCGCAAAAUGAAGAGCUUCAUGGUAACGAGAGCGGGGAACUCGACACGAGUCACCAUCAACUUUGAGGCUUCCCCGAUACCAACCAUAACAUGGCUUAAGGAUGACAUGCCAGUGUCCAAGCGUGUGACAGUGAGCAAUGCAGACACAUCGUCACAGCUCCUCAUCCCUUCUUCAGAGCGGUCUGACACAGGGAUCUAUACAAUCCUUGUGAAGAACCUUGUUGGCCAGGAGACCUUUAGUGUUGAGAUCAGAGUAACAGAUGAUCCCAAGUCUCCAGGCCCUGUGGAGCUGGAGGAGAACGUACCCGGAACAGUGACAGUCUCUUGGGCUCCAUCCUCAGAUGAGAAGAGAGAUGACAGACUGCACUACAUGGUUACCAAGCAUGACUCUGUCAAACGCACUUGGCAAACUGUGGCUGACCAUCUCUUCAACAAUAAGUUUACUGCCAUCAAUAUCAUGCCAGGAAGAGAGUAUCGCUUCCGCGUCUAUGCCAAAAAUGACAUGGGGAUUUCCAAGCCCUCCGAGUCACCAGUCUGGGAAGUAGACAAGAAGAGAGAAAAAUUCAGGCUGAAUUUGAGUACUGCCAAGGAUUGCAGCUUUGAGACACCACCAUCUUUCUCAGUCCCACUGAAAAUGCACACUAGCCCUGAAAGCUAUGAGUGCUACAUGACUUGCGCUGUAAAAGGAAACCCCAAACCUCAUGUUACCUGGUACCGAAAUAACAUCAGCCUUAACACCAACACCAAUUACUACAUCACCAAUACCUGUGGAGUCUGCUCCUUGGUGAUACUGAGAGUUGGGUCCAAGGAUAACGGAGAGUAUAUGGUCACUGCAGAAAACUCUCUGGGCAGAGUGGAGUGCUCAACGAAACUAACUGUUCAAGAUUAA